GGGGGUCUCCUGCUCAUUUGGAGAGCUUUUCCAUUUCUUAUCUUCUUAACCGUUAUUCUAGGAGUGGAUGCCAGGAGUCAAAGCCUUUUAUGGAGUGGUGAGGCUUCUCAGCUGACCCACAAUGCAUGGGGCCAAACUCUCUUUAUAACCCACUCAUAGUCAGACCACUCGGUUGUCCUCCAUCCGUGAUCCCAUUCAGUCAUGGCUUCUCUGAGCAGUCCUUCGGCCUCUCGUUGCUCCUCUUCCUCAUUCCAUCGCUCGUCCCGUUACAGCACGAGUACCUUGAGGUCCUUCAACUCUGAUGCUCUCCAGCCGAGACUUCACAGUCAGUUUGGAGAAGAAACCUCCAUCAACUCCAUCGCCAAUGGGUUUGAGCCAGAGCAAGAAUCCUUCACCUGUUACCAUGGUGAUUCACAGGAUGAGUCUUCGUGGAACGAGUCCUUUGGAGGUUACCAAGUUCCGGGCUCUGGGCGUCCGGCCAGAAUGGGUGUAGUGAGUGCGACGGGCGACCGCUACUUCCUGUCCGCAGAUGUCAGUGGGUUUGAGCCACAAGAAGUGGUGGUGCUGGCGUAUAAUCAGUGUGUAGUUAUUCAUGCAGAGAAGAUGGGAGCAGAUGGAAGUGUCGCAGACAAGUUUACCCAUAAGUCUCAGCUGCCAGCUGACAUGGACCCAUUGUCUGUGAGCAACACACUGACUGCAAAGGGGAUGCUGGUUAUCAGCGUCGGACGCCUCCCAAAUCUGUCCGCUAAAUCUCUGACUCCUGUCUUCCACUCGGAAACUCACCUUUGACCUCCAUCCUUUUGAUAUACGUUCAUCUUUACAGUGCAGACAAGAGGAGAAACACUGAAAACAGCAUCUUACAAUCUAAUCAAAUCUGAUAUAUCUUAUUAUUAUUUUUUAAGUAUCUUUUAAAUAGAUUAUAGAAGAAUAUUUUAGCACUGCAGGUUCAUACAAUGCAAGUGAAUGGUGACCAAAAAGCACAUAAAUGCAGUAUAAAAGUAAUCCAUAAGACUCCAGUGGUUUAAUCCAUAACUUCUGAAGUGAUUUGAUAAGUGUGGCUGAGAAACAUAUAAAUAUUUAAGUCGUUUUUUUAAUAGAAAUCUCUACUUUCACUUUGUUCUUUUGGUUUUGGCAAUUUGCAUUAUUUGUGCAUAUCGCCACCUACUUGGCAGGAGGAGAAUUAAUGGUAAAAAGGAUUUAGAAGAGUGUGAGUUUUAAGGGACCUAAUAAUGACGAAGAGUUGAGCUUUUAGAUGGUAAUUGUCAUGACAGUAACUUUUAUACAUAUCAUUUAUGUAUAUUGAUUGGCACUUUGCUUGAUUGUAACACAUUGCUGUAGAUCUAGAUACUCUGAACGCUUUAUGUAAUUUUUAAAUAGAUGAUCUAAUCACAGAACUGAUGACGGACUGACAGAUGAGAGAAACAAGAGAGAGUUUUAAGUGUGUUGCUAACAUAGAUUUGCUGGUUUUCUCUUCAAAUUUUAUGCUGUAUUCCUGAAUUGAGUCAAAAUUGACUGUUUCUGUUCCAGCAUUCCACUUCCGCCUUCCCAAAUGGUAAAUGGUUAGAACAAAAUUAAAGAACAGUUAAUAACAUUAACUGCACAAAAUAAGGGACUUCCCUCAAACUAAAUAAGUGUUUAAAUUAAAUUUUAAUGAAUUUUUUCCCCAUGUGGUGAAAUCAUCAGCAUAGCAUAACAAGGAAAGUACAGAUUAGCCUAUAUAAAAUAACAUCCUUUCAAUAAAAGUCUUCGUAAUAUUAAAUAUACACCCAAAAAAUACAUCAGGCCGUCUAAAAUCAAUUAAUAGCCCAAAUCUUUCUCUCCUGCAUGCAUGCACACACUGCUCGGGCAUGUUUGGACUAAACGUCCUCUUAUAUGCGGGCUGAAUUAUUUUAUUUGAAUUAUAUAUUUUAAUCACAGAUCUGUUUCUCAGUCAGAACCCGGCAGCAUCAAAUCUGUAUUAAUGCAUCAUGUCUAACAUUAAUUUAGUGAAGACUUGACUGAGAAAUGCACUUUUUACCUCACAAUUAUUUCCUAAUAUCUGGAUUAACCGUGCAUGUAUUUAUAUUCUGUAAAUUUGUCUAAAAGGUCUUCAGCGUGUCACAGAAGGCUUCACCCACAACGUGCAUUAAGGCAAAGAAAUGUGUGAUCCGGCGGUUUCCUUCAGAAUCAAUGUUCAACAUGAUGUUCAACUAAAAAGAGAAAAGUCAACAGGAAGUGGUGUAAUUCAGAAAAUGUACUGUGAUAAACAAUUUAGGUCUAUUCUCCUAAAACUCACAAACAUCUGCCCCCCUCCACUCCUCCUUCAGCUCAGAAUCACUUUAAACUCACCGAAGAUCCACAUGCAUCAAAAUAUCAUGACUGAUGUAUACAAAUAAUGUGACUAGGCAUAUCAUUUAAAAUGUCUCAGUGCGACUGGUAUAAUGGUCUCUUUCCCAGGUUGGUAAAACUAAUGGUAACACAAUUCUAAGGUCUUUGCCAAAUGCUGUAUAAUUCUGGAGGUCUGUCCCCAUUCUGUAUGCCUGUAUGUUAAUGAAGUAUGUCCCCAGGACUUCCAAACCAAACCACUCCCAAAAUUCCCUUUGAUCAUGGUUUGGGUAUUUAAGGAGAUGUGACACAUUGUUCAUGGUUCUCUGUAGUCAGACGAUCCCACACAGAAUAACUUAUGUUUUGAUAAAAUGUCUAACUUUGACUUAUCACUGUCUAAUUGGAAUUGAUGAAUUGAUGAUGUUACCUGAUCAAUAAAUUGUCAACAUUUGAUUUUAU